AGUCUGACAAGUUUUGUCUCCCAUGACUCUGAUGUUCAUUCACCUCGUACUUAUGCAAUGGACUCAUAACGUAGCAUUUAGAUCUGUCCAAAUAGCACGCUUUAAAAAGGACAUUUGAUUGCUUUCGAAGAUACAUUGAUCGUCGUGGUUGGCGUCUGAACAUGUCCAGAUUAAAGGCAGACAUUCCUCCGCCCAGCAAGAAAAAAGCCUACGACCCAUCUCCUGCUCGUAGACCUCCACUGAAACGACAGUGGCGCUGGGCUUACAAGUAUGUCACUGACAUGAGAUAUGUCCAGCGUACGCAUUUUCUUGGUUUGUCCAGGUUCCGGAUUCUGUCUCGGGAAAGGAGAGGACCCGCGGAACUUAUACGAUUGAUAUUGUCGUACGCUAGCAUCCCAUUCGAGGACCAUAUCUUGCUGGACGUGGACUGGAAGUCCCUGAUGUGCAAGAUGCCCUACGGAAACCUCCCCGUGCUUUGGAUAGACCACAACGUGUACGGUGAGACCAACGCCAUUGCCCGCCACCUGGCCAACCAUCUUAUGCUUCUGGGGAAUUCCGAGCCAGAGACUCUAGUGGCCGAGGCGAUUCUUCAUCAGGUGAUUGAUUUGAAAGAGUCAGACGUCAUGCAGAAAGCUUUCGAAGAGUUUCAAGAGAGACCAGAUGAUAACUUUGAGCAGGCUAUGACUGUGAUGUUGCCCACACACUUCAAGUUCUGGGAAGAUCACAUCACCUCCACUCCAGGACCGUAUAUCUUGGCUUCAGGCCUCUCGGUGGCCGACUUGGCCAUCUACGACUUUGUAGACCAGUACCGUCGCUACCUCCCAAUAGACAACAUACUUAUCCAGUACAAAAACUUAGUGGCCCUUGUCCACGUGAUCAAAAAUCAUCCACGUCUGGCGGCUCAUUUGAAGAAGAAGUAAACUGAAAUAAGGGUCAGUGCAGAGCCCAGGAAACCAGGACAUGGCAACUCUGAAAGAUCAGUUAAUUGUUAUCAGUGGAGUUAUCCAGCUUGUUAAAACUCAAAAGAAGCGAACUGUUAAAUAAACGUGUACAGCUACAACUACAAA